AAAGAUAAUAUGGAUUUAAAUAAAGAGUCUGAGGAUAAAAUAAAAGAACAGAAACAUAAUGACCAACCAUUAGAAGAUGAAGAGGAAUGUAGAAUCUUAUCACUUAAAAGAGAAAGAGACCUUGCAAUCCAAAGAGAAAUAGAUUUUGAAAAUAAUAACAUUAAUAUUUGCAAUUCACCAAGAUUAUCAAUAACAUCAUCAAACUCGACUGACUCAAAUCAAGGCUCACCAAUUGUAAAUAGCACCAAUGAUACAACAUGUAAAACUUCAUCAUCAACAAUCCAUAUUGAUUCAUCUUCACCAAAAACAUUUUCAGUAUCAACAUCAUUUUCACCACCUAAUUUCGAGUUGGAUGUUUCUAAAUCUAAUAUAAAUGCAGCAGAGGAUUAUAAAAGAAAAAGAGAAGAAAGAAAGAAACUACAAGAUGAAGCAGACCGUUUGGAAGAAGAAAUGAAAAAGAAACGAAAUGAAGAAAGAGAAAAGAUCCGUUUAGAAAGAAAACAACAAGAGGAAGAGGAAGAAAAACGUGAAGAGGAAAAUAGAAGAUCAAGAAAUGAGGAAAGACAAAGAAAGCGUGAACAAAUGAAAAAGGAAUUAGAAAUGGAAGAGGAAAGAAUAAAAAAACAAAGGGAAGAAAGACUAUUAAGGUUAAAAUCUCAAAUUGCAAAUUAGAUUUAGACUUAUUAUUUAUUAAAUAAAAAUAAAAAAAUAAAAUAUAAAAUUUUUUAAUAAUAUU